AAAUAGGUUUCGGAUGAACUUGAAGUUUUUCAUCGACAAUUUAUUCUUGGGCUUCUUACAAUCUCUAAAGGGUUUGCUUUCAAUCUGGACUAUUGAUGCUUUGCUUGAGAAAAAGCUUACAGAACGUUACGAACGGGUGCUGGAAGCAAAAGAAAAAGGUUUUCGAGUUCCCAAUCACCGUUUAAAACCUAAAAAACCACCAAAAGUAGCAAAGAAGGUUGUCCAGUCGUGCUUCAUCAACGGGGGCAUCUUUCUAACCAGCCUGCUUAUCUUCUACAAUGUAUUUCUGCCGAUCGUUCUCUGGGUGCUGUACGUCAUUUUACCACAACCGAUCGCAGGAUUCAGAGAUGUUGUGGGAUACAUGUUCAACUUUCUGUUUGGUAGUUUUUGGAUCAUCCCGGUUUACAUAGCGACCAGAGUUGCCAAUUGUCUCUGGUGGCAGGACAUAGCAGACGCGCUCUUCAAACUCCGUCCAAACAUCUCUCACCAAGUGAGAUUUCAAAUAAGGAAUGGAACAGGAGAUCAGUUGUCCUCUUUUCAAGGUCAGACCAGUCCGGAGACCUUCAAGUGGAGUUUCAGCAUGCUCCUUACAGAUUUGUGCUACUCUAUCACAAUCGAUACUUUCUUUCUCAUACAGGCUACAGUGUUCUCGAUGCUGCCUCUGGGCUACCUGUCUUAUCUGUUCUCAAUAUUCCACCUGUCUCUCCUCUACUCCCUCUACGCCUUCGAGUACAUCUGGUGGGCACAGAGACACGACGCAAAAGACAGACUCAUUCGCAUACAGAGUAACGUGCCUUACUUCCUGGGAUUUGGACUCCCUCUCACUCUCCUCUCCUCUGCACACCACUCUGCACUGAUCAAUGGAUGUGUCUACUCCAUCCUCUUCCCAUUCCUCAUUCUAAGUGCUUUCGAAGCCCAGCCUCCCGUCUUCAUGGAGCCGGCAACUUCAGACGUCGAAGGGGCAGCAGUCCCAAAACAACUGCCAAUCUUCUCUCCUGUCAUCACAAUUUCAGAGUUUGUAUUCGGUAUCUUCAAAAAGAGAAUCAACUUCAAAAAUUACCUGGUCUCAUCCCAGAAUGCCAACGCGUAGCAGUAUUUUUAAAUUUCUCGGCGACAAUUACAUUUUUUCAUCUAUCCUUUCUUUUGUGCUGUUCAUGUGCUGUUAAAAUUAGUUAGAUUAGUUAGAAGCGAUAGUUUUCAAAUGAGUUUUUCAUUGAUAUAAACUUAGAAAUUAGCUAGUUCGAACCCAGUUAUAUGUUUGCUGGUUAAAAAUUGCAGUUAAGGUACUUAUCUAAA